GAUCCGCUGUGAGUCCGAGCUGAUAAAGAAUUCCGGCUCUCUGGUACCUCCAGCUGUGCCAGGGAGUUCACUCCGGCUGAUUUCGUGUCCACACUGGUCCCUGUGGCCUCUCCCCUCCAUGGCCCUCCUGGCUCUCCCCCUGGCUCUGCUGGCAAUGACCGUGGCCACCACUGCCUACGAAGUGAAGCCCCUGGACAUGGCCCUGGACUCCUUCGAUGACCAGUACCAGGGCUGUGGCCCUGGCAUGAAGGCAGAGCUGCCAGCCCUGAACCGUUCCGAGUUCCAGAACAAUCCUCUGUUUGCCAAGGUCUGGCCAAUGGCUGUGAAAGUGUGGCAGGGACAGGGGUCCCGUGUGUCCCCUCUGUCAUCCUCAGCCCAUGCCAUUGCCAUCAUGGCCUACACCAUGAUUUACCUGCACGAGGAUUUCAACGAGGCAGUGAGAGUGGCUGGGCGCUCCCCCCAGGCAUACCGGGACAACUUCCACUUCAAAACUCUGCAUUUCCUGCUGACCGACGCCCUGGCCACGCUUAGGGCUGCUCAGAAGGAGCAGAAAUGUCGCUGUGUGUUCCGGGGGGUGGAUGACUACAAGUUCAAGGCAAAGGUUGGCGACAUCGUCCGGUUCGGUCAAUUCGCGUCGUCGUCACUUAGCGAAUGUGUCGCGAAAGGAUUCGGGAACACCACGGAGUUCGUGGUGCAAACGUGUCACGGUGCGUACAUCGAGGAAUUCUCCAACUUUGAAGAUGAGGAGGAGGUGCUGAUUCCACCCUUCGAGAAGUUCAAUGUCACCAAAGUCAUUGAUUAUGGGAACAAUGUGCAGAUCCACCUCAAAUCCAUCGGUAUCUACAGCAAAUACAACUGCGAGUGGCUGAAAGGUGGGAGCACCCCCACAGCCCCCUGCCACCUUGGAGGACUCCUUUUGGCCACCACAGUCCUGGCAAAGGCCACCGGGAUUCUCUGAGCCACCAGGCCACCGAGGUCACUGUGGAGGUCCCUGUGGUCACUGUGGCCACCAUGGCCACCUGAUGGGGCUGGUAAUGAGGAGGCAGUAUCUUCAUGCUGUGCUUGCACUGAGCCAUGAAGCAGUUUAUUGAUACACAAAGCGGAGUUUAUAUACUUGUUCAGCUAUUGCUAAAAAUAGCCCACCAAUGAUAUUCAUGUAACCAGCCUAUAUUGCUCACACAUAACUAAAUAACAUUGCUCAAUCUCUGCCUCACUUUGCACUACCCAGGGACCCAGAGGAAUCUGCGCGAUUCCCCACAAACCUGCGCGCUAAGCACCUCGUGCACAUCACUUUGUCUUCUGCAUUCCUUCUUCAAAAUCCUGCUUAUUCCUGCCAAGGCUUGAGGCCUACUAAGGCAAACACAUCCUUGUUGGUUGUGACAAGCUGAUCAGCGCUCACAGUUCUGCUCUCUAGUUGUAUUCCCACAUCUCCCUUGUUCUGUUCCACCAAUUGGAUUCUCUUUGUUGACUUAUCACUCAGUCUCUGAACACAUUGCAAGAUACAAGGCAAACAUAUUACUAAAAACAGUAGCAGAGCUCAAAUAUAAAAUCCUGUUUUCACUAAAAGCUUAAUCCAGCCUGUAAGUCCCCAUCCUCCAAGUAUGUGUCCAUGCUGGUCAUUAUCACACACAAAUCUUAUUUUGGCGACACUGUCUUGGAGGGCCUGUAUGCUGGCGUGGAUAGAUUGAGAGCCAUCAGAAAGGCUGAUGCAGUACAAGCCUUCAAAAUCCUCACAGCCAUGGCCAGGUGUUAAAAGCAAAAAAUCAACAGCAGCUCUAUUCUGUAGUUUAGCAUGCCCUACACUAUCAACAUCUGUUAAUAAACUGUCAGAGUGGAGCUAGUAGGGUCAGUUUGUUUUGCAAGCCAGCAGCCAAGGUUAUUUGGGUUUUCAAUGCGUGUGUCGUUCCAAUGGAUGGGAUAAUUGAGGCAAACAUUUGAGUUCCAAGGUUCCAAGCUUCCACAUUAUUGUCACAAUCUGGUAGCUGUAGGUAUGGGUGCUGUGCUUUGCUUUCACUAGGCUGUGCAGAGCUGUCAGAUUAUGUUGUAGAGAGUGAAACAUGCUCAGUCAGCCAAAUGUACAAGAUCCUCUUUAGCCCUUCCUGGUAUUCCUUUCAAGGUUCUAUUUCCACAUGUUAAAAAGAUGUUAUCUGUUGGAGUUACUGAGUCCGGGAUCUCUCUGAAUUUUUCAGAGAGAAAUUAGAGUACAGGGAUUGAAUUAAAGCCUUUGAAUGGAUUGAAGGAUGUUAAGCCACUCACACAUAAAGUAGAGGUGUAAGUUUAAGUUUUAUGAUGAGUAAGUAAGUAAGCCUGGAAGUUUUAGAACAAGAUUAAGGGCUUUUAGUGAGUAAAAGGUCUCAGGUGCCAGAGUAGAAGUGCAAGUUCUAGUGAUGUCUUAGAUAGUAGUGUUUCUGUAGAGGCUCUGUGAACAUAGUUUUAUACAUAAUAGUGCUAUGGUAACAAUAUUUUUUAUAUUUUUUAGAUAGAACAAGAUAGACAAUAUGCAUAGUUUAUACAUAAUCCUGCUCUCUCGCCGCCAUCACGAACACCCAAGAAGAAGACAGGAACUGCCACAGCAACAUCGGCUUCCCAGGACCUUCUAUCUAGGACUCUACACCAAAACUUAGCAUGGACUUGAAUGUCUGUGAUUUUGCUUCUGAGACUGAUGUGCCUUUGCAAUAAACAGCCUUUUAGCAACUA